AUGGCAGGCUCCAACAGCAAUCUGCUCGAGGAAAAGGACCGCGUCCGCCGCCAGCUCUCAGUACUCCGGGCCAUCUGGGCCAUUUGCGCGUUCUCUCUGCACACCGGGUCGCCUCUACAAAGUCCGAUUGGAGAAGCCAACGUGCGCAACGCGUUGCUUGGCUCCAAGCUUCAUGCUUCUCCCGACGUGCAGAACAUGGUCCCUGCCGUGUCAGCUUUGAUCCGCCUGAACGUCGUCGAGUCUCGGAGCCGGGAUGAAGCUUUCACACAGCGGAGCAACUCUGACGCCGAGGCGGAAAGGCAACGGCACGCAGACAUCCAUCGGACGUACACGGAUUAUUUGCAGGCACAUUCCAAACGCACUGCCAGCUUCCAACGGGACGUGACCAUUUCACUCUUUUAUCGGUCACAAAUGCGCUUCACGGAAGUGGAUGGCUACAAAACUCUGCUCAACGCUCUCCACGAGCUGAUCGAUUCAGCGUUGGAGAAGACAGCGGAGGAGACAGCGGACAACGUGGUCUUUGCUGCUCGGCAGAUGAUCGCCCCGUUUGCCCAGAUAUCAAAAUAUCCGUAUCCGUCAGUGUUGCGGCUUGGGCCACUCCUUGUCCGCCAUCCGUCCCUCGCCGCCACCGAGCCGGAAUUCGACUCAAAGCAUCAUUACACCCGAUUCCUGUGCCACAUGCUAUGCGACAACUUGGUGUUCCGAUCAAAUCCCCAGGAAUGUGUCGACGCCCUCCAGCUGAUUUAUCGGAAAUUGCUCCAGUCCGAUGAGCCACCAACAGACUUGGAGACCCAUCUUCUGGUCCUCCGCAGACUGCAGACAAAAGCAACCAACCUCUGCAUGCACCGUUUAGCAGCCAUCGUCCAGUCCGUCGUGCUCAAAAGCUGCAAGGAGGAUUCGUCGGAAUGGGAGCGAUUGCCAAGUAUCUUCGAUGACGAGGAGUGGUUCCGCUCCGUGUUCGGCCUUGACAACGAUGAACGCACGGAGCGGGUAUCGGGGCAGCAAUUUUACGACUGUGUCCGUGUGGGUGUUUGGACGACUUUCCUCGAGCAGUGCACCACCCAGAGUCCGGAUCAAACAGAACGCGACCAGGAUUUUGCAACACUCGGAUUGGUGAAACGCUACACAGAAUUGCCCAUUUUUUCGGCGAUCCCGACUGGACUGCAACGCCGAUUCGCCGACGCUGCCGCUGCAUUCAUCCGCAAAUAUCCAAAUAACUGUCUUGCGGAUGAGAAUGGGCUUGACUCGGUGCUUUUCUGGGCCGGGUGGAUGACCGAUUUGGAUGCAUUGCGCGUCGUGUACGUGGCUCUGAUGGAGGUGCAGACGGAUGACCAGCAGGAAUCACACUGGAAACAUGCUCAACGGAUCCGGGGAGAGAUACAGAAUCGGCUUCCUCCCGAGGACAGUCCUGCCGAGUCUGUCCCGCUCGUCAGUGAUGGGGAGUGGAGUAGUAAUCGCAGAGGAUGCCAUUUCCCUUUGAUUUAG